AUCGGCGCAUUUAUCACCUAUCACUUCUCUUAAAACUUCCAGACCGCCCUUUAAUUCUUAGUUCGACAAAGAAUUGGACGCUUGAGUCUUGCCUUGAGUGCGCAAAACCAAAACCAUGGGCAGUAUCAAGCGCUUCGUGCGCAGGGUGACGGGACGAACUCCCAAGAACCAGAACGACAGUGUUGCCCCGAGUAAUGUAGGGGUAUCUCGAACAGUGUUCAUUCCAUCUUCCUGCUGGAUUCAGUCCGACGCUACAAUCCUUCCAGCCACUGCAGUAAUCUCCUCGCAUCGAGCAUCGCCACCUGACAUGGCACCCAUACCUAUGCUGCUUCCUACGCUCGACCCAAUCCAGCCCGUAUCACCGAUCCAGAUACCAAAUGCGAUCCGAUCGACUUCUCCUGAUCCUGCUCCGAAGUUUUCUCUCGCAGAACACGUUGAAUCUGAUGGUGAUGAUUCUCAUCCUGUCGAAGAAUCCCAGGAAGAAGACUCGUUUCGAUGCCAGGUCAUUUCCGCUCCACUGCCACGAGAUGACACGACGGCAACAAUCUUCCGUCCACCAACACCCCCGCCAGCCCCAAGAAUGACCAGCGCUUCUUUCGCCCGACUUCCAGAGUACGUUGACUCCUCCGACAGCAUUGCAGGUUCCGAAGUACCUCCAACACAAAGUAACUCCUGGGAUGGCUCUGAAGAUGUCGAAGUCCCCCGCACAGGAACCGGCUCCUUCCAUUCUGACGUCGAAGACUCCGAACCUUCGGGCAUGCUCAGUCCCCUGGAGUUUUCCGCCGAGCAGGAAGACCUUUUCUCCAGCUCCAGCUCACCCGAUCGGCCUAUAGACCGGAAUAGAUUUGCACUCCCAGGGCCGCCAAGCUAUCAUGGGUGGCCACUAGUGGAUGGUGCGACGCCGUCGCGGCCACAACAUCGACCAAGCAGCGUGCAUAUGCCGGGUGGACCGACACUGCAGCGGGCCACACAUCGAGGAAGCACGCGGAGAAGUCGUGGUAGUUCUUCGAUACGCCGCCUUACAACCACGCCCUCCCCUGUGGGCAUGCCGCAGAAAGAAUCCUCUCCAUUGCCUGCCAUUCGAGGACCCGAACACUCGGCUCUGCGUACUCAGCCGCGAACGGUGUAUCUGCCGCCGCCUUCGUCAUCCUCCCCACUGUUACAGGAAAACCCCUUCUUCACACGCAUGGAGCCGUUACCCAGUUCUACCCCGAUGCUCCCACGGAGCGAUGACUUUGGAAUCAACCUACAGGACGUGCUUCUUAACAACGUCUUCUUCCCGGAUAUCCAGGAGCACUCGUCUGUUGAAGAUGGAGACGAAGGGAACGAUGAGACAAGCUUCAACGAGAACUGGGAGGAGCAUAGGCAUGAGCGUACUCCCUCGGAGCAGGCCGAGUGCGAGCGCGCUGAGCGCGAGAACGCCGUGAACUUUGAGCAGAAUGGUGCACAACACGCAUGGUGGGAGGGCAGAAGCAAACACGCAGAUCCUGCUCCAGGACGGGAUCCGUACGACAGGAGCGGAGCAAGGGCUAGUUUUGGGUUCCGGAGGAAUGAGUAGGGACCCAUCAACGGCAGAUAUUGGGACUACGGGACUCCCUUAUGAAUACCAUAGAUACUAUACGCAGGGACGACUGCGGAGUCAUGAGCACUGUACGGAGGAACUACUAGGAAUGUAUGGCACUAUAUGGAGGGAGGAACCGGGAAUAAUGAACGGACUGCGGGAAAAUAAGUAGGGGUAAAUGAAUGAUCUCUAGAGGAGAUACAAGUGGAGGAUCCAACUGAAGCGAUGUGUCUGCAGCAUGACUAUAGGCGGAAUGGGCGUUUGGGAUUUGGACACCGGGAACUCUUAAUAGAAAGCUAG